GACAAUUGACAUUUGUAAAUAUAACCCAAGUUUUCAAACGUGCUUUCACUUUAAAGUUUAUUAUUGUUGUGUUAUAAAUUUAUUAUAAAAUCAAAAAACAUGUCUAAAAAACGUUACAAUUGGAAAGCAAGGCAAGUUGUAGAUACUAUUGUUGAUAAUUCAUCGGCUAAAAAGAUUAAAGUAGAUUUUGGAUCUGAAGGAAAAUACGACCGCAGUAACGAACUUGUUUUACCCUCAAAAAAGCGCAAAACUAAAAUUAGAAAAGAUAAAACAGUUCCCACAAGAUUACUUUCUAAAAAACAGAAAAAACAUUUACAGAAAAUAGUAGAAAAAUCUAAUAAAAAAGUAAAUAGAAUUCAAUUGUUAAAUGAACUUCAACAAGCCCAGGCGUCAACCGAAGAAAUUUCUCAGUUAACAUCCAUAGCAACAAUUCAAACAAAGGGUCUAAAACGAUAUUUUCAAGAGGAAAUAUUCCCAGAAAAAGUUAAAUCUAAAUGUGAACCUGAAACAGUCAAUGGUUGUGUUACAACAAAUUCAAUAUCUGGUGCUAAAAGGAGGAAGUUAUUACAGAAUGAUGAAAAAAAGGAAUCUAAUGAUCCAAAUGUGGUGGGAUUUGAAAGUAGCAGUUCAGAAAUUAGUGAUGAUGAAUCAGAUGAAAAAACUGUUGAUAAAGGAGAAGUAAAGGCUGAACCUUGUUUAGAAAAUGAUACUUCAACAAUAGAAAUUAAAAAUACACAAGAAUUUAAAGAUGUGGAGAAAGAAGUACCUGUGAAAGUAAAUGAUAACAAGAAUAAUCAAAAAGAGAAAUUGGUUGAUACAAAGGAAAAAGUACCAAUACCCAGGAAACCAGCAGUGUAUGUUGAUGUAAUAAGAAAUGAAGAUAUUCAAGCUGCAAGAUUGAAAUUGCCUAUUUUAGCAGAAGAACAACAAAUUAUGGAAAUAAUUAAUGAACAUCCUAUAAUUAUUUUAGCCGGAGAAACAGGAAGUGGUAAAACUACUCAGGUUCCACAAUUUUUAUUUGAAGCUGGAUAUGCUUUGAAGAAGCAAAUUGCAAUUACUGAACCUAGAAGAGUGGCAGCUAUUUCAAUGUCUAACAGAGUGGCAAAAGAAAUGAAUCUAAGCACAAAAGAAGUUAGCUACCUUAUAAGAUUUGAAGGCAACGUUACUGAUGAAACAAAGAUCAAAUUUAUGACUGACGGUGUGUUACUAAAGGAGAUGCAAACGGAUUUUUUGCUCACAAAAUAUUCUGUAGUCAUUCUUGAUGAAGCUCAUGAAAGGUCUGUAUAUACAGAUAUAUUGGUUGGCCUUUUGUCGAGAAUAGUUCCUUUAAGGCAUAAAAAAGGGGAUCCACUAAAACUAAUAAUCAUGUCUGCCACAUUGCGUUUGGAAGAUUUUACUAAAAAUCAACGACUGUUUAAAGAAACACCUCCAGUAAUUAAAGUUGAAGCCCGACAGUUUCCGGUUACAUGCCAUUUUAAUAAAAGAACAUAUGAGAACUAUUUGAAAGAAGCAUUCAAUAAAGCUGUUAAGAUCAAUACUAAAUUACCCGAAGGAGGGAUAUUAAUAUUUGUGACAGGUCAGCAAGAAGUUAAUUCUUUGGUGAGAAAGUUGAGGAAAGCUUUUCCAUUGAGACAUAAAGAGAAAAUCCUUGAGAAAAAUGAGAAGCUCAAAAGUUCAGCAGGCGAAGAUGACCUAAGUGAUAAUGAACACAUUGAAUUAGGUAUGAAAAGAGCUCUAAAUAAAAAGAAAAAAAUAAAAAUCAUCCCAGAAAUUAAUUUAGACGAUUAUAGUAUACCUGGAGAUAACGAAAUUAUGUCUGAUGAAGAAUUUUCUGACAUUGAAGAUGAUGACGAUGAUGAUAUUGAUGUAACAAUGAUAACAAACGCUCAGCCUUUAUGGACAAUCCCUCUCUAUUCGCUCCUUCCAUCCUAUAAACAACAAAAGGUUUUUGAUGAUCCUCCACCUGGAUGUAGGCUCUGUGUCGUUAGUACAAAUGUCGCAGAAACAUCUCUAACUAUUCCGAAUAUAAAAUAUGUGAUAGAUACUGGAAAAACAAAAGUCAAAUUGUAUGAUAAAGUGACUGGCGUAACAAGUUAUGUUGUUACUUGGACUAGCAAAGCAUCUUCAAAUCAGAGAGCUGGGAGAGCAGGAAGAUUAGGCCCCGGACAUUGUUACAGAUUGUAUUCUAGUGCAGUUUUUAAUGACGAAUUUCAAGACUUUUCUGUACCCGAAAUUCAACAAAAACCAGUGGAUGACUUGUAUCUACAAAUGAAAUGUAUGAACAUAGACAAAGUGGUUAAUUUUCCCUUUCCUACAGCUCCCGAUUUAUUGCAAUUGAAAACAGCAGAAUUUAGGUUAGAGACGUUAGGAGCUCUUAAAAAAGGACAAGUUACUCCUCUAGGUAGAGCCAUUUCAAAAUUUCCGGUAUUGCCAAGGUUUGGAAAAAUGUUGGCACUGAGCCACCAACAAGAUUUAUUGCCUUACACCAUAUGUAUGGUUGCAGCCCUUUCUGUACAGGAGGUAUUAUUAGAAGUACCAAUCAUGCAAAUUAGCCCCGAAGAAAGGAAAGAAAUUCGUCAGAAAUGGGCUGCGACUCGUCUAAAAUGGGCAGGACAAGGGAACUCUCUCCUUCUUGGUGAUAACAUGGUUUUGCUUCGAGCCGUAGGAGCUGCCGAAUAUGCUAACAGUGAAGGAAAACUUGAAAAAUUCUGUACAGAAAAUGGUUUGAGACACAAGGCGAUAGUAGAAAUUAGAAAAUUACGAAUUCAACUCACUAAUGAAAUUAAAAAGAAUGUUCCAGAUGCGGAUGUGAGUGUUGACCCGAAAUUGAAACCACCUACAGAUUUGCAAGCUAAACUUUUAAGACAAAUUUUGCUCGCUGGUUUAGGAGAUCAAGUUGCCAAAAAAGUCUCAAUAGAAGAAGUGAAAGAAGGCGAAGAUAAAUCAAAAUUUAAGUAUGCCUAUCAUGCUAAUAAUAUGGAAGAACCGGUAUUCUUGCAUCAAGGAUCCGUUUUAAAGAAAACUUUACCAGAAUUCGUUAUUUAUCAAGAAAUAUAUGAAACCAAUAAAAUGUAUAUGAGAGGUGUAACAGCAAUUGAACCAGAGUGGUUGGCCACUUACGUACCUAGUUUAUGCAAUUUAUCUGAACCUUUAAUGAAUCCCGAACCAAGGUAUAAUCCGGCCACGGGUAAAGUACAUUGUACUGUGAAUGGUUCAUUUGGACAACAAGCUUGGCAAUUACCUAAUAUAGAAAUAAAUUAUCCCAAAUCGAUAAACUGUUACAAAUGGUUUGCAAAAUUUUUACUCGAAGGAAAAGUAUUUCCCAAAUUGGAAAAAUAUGUGAAAAUUCUUUUGAGCCAACCGAAUAUAAUGAUAAAAAGUUGGGCCAAAUUGCAACCGAGGACUGAAACUAUUUUAAAAGCUCUAUUAUCUAAGGACUGUUGUACAAAAAACAAUUUGGAAGAAGCUUGGAAAGAAAAUCCACAAUUUUUGUUAUCUGAAUACACAAAAUGGUUGCCAGAGUCGGCGCACGCUGAAGUUGGAUUAUUUUGGCCACCGCUAGAGAGUAAAAAAUCUUUAUGAAUAUUAUUCUAUUGUAAAUAAAUAUAAUUUU